CCGCCUUGAAUACACCCUGCUCCAUUGUGCGUAUUUAACCAGAAACCCAACACACGCGUAUACACUUCCAUGGGUGAAGCAAGCAAAUUAACAACGUGUUCUUUGGUUUCCACAGCCCCAAAAACACAAGAAGCCCUUCUCCCCAAAACAAUCCCCUGUGUUCUAGGUGAUAAAUGGGUUGUCUUCGUUCACAAAGUAUGUUACAUAAGGGUUUCAAAACCUCUAAUUUUUCAAAAGAUCAAAAAAUUUUAGCCUUAAGCUGUGGUUGAUGGAUUUUCUCUAUAUGGGUGCUGCUCUACUUAAUUCAAUCUGGGUUUCUUCAUUCCUCGCCAGAAUCUUCUCAUGACUUCUUAGGUGAAAGGCAUGGAUGAUAAGUUUUCAAGGUAUGGGCGGUGCUCAAGCCUCAUGAUUCAACUCCUUAAAAAGUUAUAACCUUGCUUACUCAAGUUAUUUGGGGGUUUCAAGUUUUAAGUUGGUCACAUCGCAUGUGGAUCUGCACAUUCAACCUACCGGAGAAGCUUCAAAUGGAGUAUAUCGUUCUGUGAGCAUUUGAGGUUCUGAUUUUGGCCUUAACCUUAUUGAUUUUUAAAUCCAACUCCAGUUGUCAGAUCAUCAAUAUCGCUCAAACCACGGCAGAAACUAACAAGGGUCAAUUGAUUGGUAGACCACUACAUACGGUAAAAGGAUUUAGAAUACUAUCUUUAAAGCACCAUGUGAGCUCUAUUGUUAAUUUUGUUGGAUGUUUUUCUACUAUACUUCAUUAUUAAUAUAAUAUGCCGUGUCCCUGUACCCAAAAAAUAAGAGGACAUGCAUGUCUGUGUUCCCAAUUCUGAGAUUAUCCGAGUCUCCAACAGACCAUACCCCAUCUGAAGUAACAUGGAAUUUAUUGGCAUCACAUGAUCCAUGUUUUACAUCUUACUUAUAAAUUUUUUUUAUGUGUGUUUCCUUAAGAAAAGAGAUCAAAAUGAAAUGUCUGGACUCCUCCUAUAUCAUUGAUUGUCCAUUUACAAGCUUUUAUGGAUUCGAACUAGCUACUAUGAUGAAACCUGUAACCAUGACGGUCUUGUUAAUUCUUUUGUUGAGGCUAGCUUCAAUGAAGAAGACUCAAAGGGUUCUUAGCAAUUGCUAGUCUUUGUUGAUGUCCAGGAAAACCCAGUUAGAAUGUCAACUAAUAUAUUAUAAUGACUAUAAUGACUCAGGAGUUGGGACCUGUUUGUGCAACACACAUUUAAGUUAAAAUUACCUUCGAAUUUACAAUCAACUUAUCAUCCUCAAUAGAGGUUGUCCCAGGUCCAAAACAGAAACCCAGAAGACUCUUUUUACUAUGUUAAAAGGUGUUUAAAAAAAACGAAUUUGGCUUAAAUCAUUUAAGAUAAAUGAAGGGUGAAAUGAAAUCUAUUCUAGAUAUAGGACAACAGUGAGCAAAUUGAUUCAAAAAGUCAGAUACGCCCUUGUCUAUUCUAUAUAAUUUCAUGUGUUUAAGGGUUAUUCUUGUCUUUUAUACUAAAUCAUUAUUAUGCAAUUAAUGUCUUUUCAUCAAUAUAUUCUUACUAUACUUAUUAACCUACAAUUAAUUCAACUUUUUUCUAAUGAUUACUUAAACUAAUCUUCUCCAUAAGUACAUAUUAGUACUCAUGUUUACCUUAUUUAAAAUCCUCACCAGUUCCAUUGAUUUAAAACCCUAAUUACUUCGCCAUCUGACAUUUUAUUGAAUGUAUGAUUUUGGUAAGUUUGACAUUCCGCUCGAUUAAUAUAACAUAUGUAGUUUUGUUACAUAAUCUAUGCCUUAAUUCGAUAUGUGGUCCAUUUUUGGUAUAGGUCCAAACUUAGAAAAAUUAUUUCCAAAUAUCCCUUUUGCAUACAUAGUGUGAUAUACUCUUUACUACUGAUGCUUGACAUCUCAAUUCUAUCUUCCCUGCAGAAUAGUUCUAAAUAUGAUUUUAGUGACCCCACACACAUACCUACUUGUGCGUACUUGUGUGUAGUAAAUUUCAGCUUGUGUACUAAGUCACAAUUUAAAUCUUUGCGGUUCUUUUUAAGUUAUGUAUUUUCAUUAUAUUAGCCACAAGAUGAUACGAUUUUUCUGUCAUAUAGAUAUACACUACUCAGACCCGGCUUUAACCCCAUGCGGUCAUGCAAUGGCAUGGGGCCUGCCAAAAAAGGGGCCCCAAAAAAAUCCAAUUACAUAUACAUGUUAAUUAAAUUAUAUAAUCUUAUCUAUAUCUGUUCUAUCUCAGCACACCACUACUCCACAAACACGCUGAAAGUCUCUGUUUUUUUCGUUAUUUAUUGGGCACCAGGGCAAAGGCAGUAAAGAUCAAGAUUACAACCCUCUAAGUGCAAAUCAAAAAGUGCCAACUGAAUUACAACUCAGCAAAAAGUGAUGUCAUCGGAUAGAAUGGAAAGUGUACAAGGUUUAAACUUGCGCUAUAUGGUUUGUCAGUUUAAUACUCAUCAAAUGGAAGCACCCGAGCAGGAUGUCCUUGUUGAUUUCACGGCCCGAAGCCAUGGAGAUGGUCCUAUUGUCCCUAUUGAUACUGAAAAGUUAUUAAUUGAGAAGCAGCAGUGUCAAGCGGAUUUACCUGCUCAGGUUGCAUCAACUAGUUCCAUGCCCCCAAUCAACAGAGAUGUUAAUCAUGCAAAUGGAGUUGUGAAUGUCGCUGGUGCUACUGGAGAAUUGUUAGCCAGGAAGCGCAAAAAUCAAGUGGAAGUACCUUCUCAGGACACAUGUAAUGAUGAUCAUGCAAAUGGAGUUGCAUAUGUGUCUGGUGCUUUUGUCCCUGCUGAUACUGAAAAUAUAUUAUUUGAGAAGCAGCGGCGUCAAGCGGCUUUGCCUCCUCAGGAUGCAACAAUUGGUUUCACUGCUCCAAUCACCAGAGUUAAUCAUGCAUAUGGAGUUGCAGAUGUUGCUGGGGUAACUGUCCCAGCCAGCACUGAAAACUUAUUAUAUAGGAACUGCAGGCAUCGAGUCGAAGAACCUGCUCAGGACGCCUGUACUGGUUUCACAGCCCCAAUCAGCAGAGACGUUAAUCAUGCAACUGGAGUUGCGGAGGUCGCUGGUGCUAGUGCUGAUAUUGAGAAGUUACCAUUUGAGAAGCACAGGCAGUACUGGGAAUUUGCUGAAUCUUUUGAAGCCUGUAAAAAAAUGCCCCAGAAUCCGCAUUUUCGUCCUCUGAAAUUCUGCAAGGAGAUUGUCCGUGAGGGGCAAGCUCUUGCUAGAAUGGUUACUUAUAAUAACAUAGUUAGAAAAAUUUCAAACUUUAAUAUGGAUACAAAAAGAGAAGAAAUGAUGGAUGAGUUGUCACUUCUCGAGGAUUUGGAUGCACAUGGAUUUAACGUCCAAAUGCUAAAAGAUCGGUUAAACAAGUUAUUAAUGUUUAAGAGCGAGGAGGAAAAGGUGAAGAACAUGUUAGAACAGAAAGAAAAGGUGCUCUCUAUACAUGUUGAGGAGAGUCGUAUAUUUAACGGGACAAGAGCUAAAAGAGAAGAGAGAGUGCAGGAAUUGUGGAAAGAAGUUGCGUCUAUUCAAAAGGAGGAGGAAUAUAUAGAUGCUAAAAAAGCGAAUCUGCAGCAGGUAGAGGAAGCUAAUAAUGAAAAAUGUGGAAGGAUUAAUAUGCAGAUCGAAGAACAUAUUGCUUCUCCGUUGUGGUAGAUAAUUAGUUAACCUUGUUUUUUUAUUUUGCGUUUUUAUCGGACUAUAUGAUAUGUUGGUAAGACUUAUAUCGAAUUAUUAUAUUAAUACAAUAUCUCGAGAUAUUUUGACUUUUCUUAUAAA